UUGGAAACUCUUGUUUGACAUUUAAUACUUUUCCGUCUCUGACGAUUGUCGUUCCAUUAGUAAGCAAUUUUAGCUGCUGUGCGUUUUUUCACAAUUGUCUUUCGAAUUAAUUUUCAUGCCAAAAAUGUUGAAUAACUCGGUAGCAACAGCGCCUUUUUAUCAAGAGAAGCGCAAGAGUUUUGUUCGCCCCAAUGGCACAAUCCCAGCUGCAGAGGUGGUCGACGUCUGUCCCGCAGACUCGUCCAUGUCGGCCAGCCUGGAGGAGAAGAAUGAGCAUUUGCGCAAGAUUUUCGUUGGUGGUUUAUCUGUGAUAACUACAACGAUAACAAUGCGUCAGUUCUUCAGUCAAUUUGGCGAAGUGGCCGAUGCUGUGGUCAUGCGCGAUCCGAUUUCGAAUCGCUCACGCGGCUUUGGAUUUGUUACCUAUGUGGAGCCUGGCGCUGUGGAGAAUGUGCAGCGUGCACGUCCGCAUGUCAUUGAUGGCAAAACUGUGGACACUAAGCGCGCAUUUCCGCGUCAUGAGUUCAAUCGCGCCAUUGGGCAUCUGAGCAAUGUGAAGACUACCAAGAUAUUUCUAGGCGGCCUUAAGGACUGUCAUGAUGAGAGCGCACUGCGAGAGUAUUUCUCCAAGUUUGGCAAUGUUAGCAGCGUUAAGGUGCUGCUGGAUAAGGAAACUGGACGCAAGCGCGGCUUUGGCUUUCUGGAGUUUGAGGAAGCUUCGGGCGCUGCGCGUGCUUUGGCUCAAAGCAAGCACUUGAUUAAUUUUCUAACCGUGGAGGUUAAGAAAUCCACUCAGAUCAUCGAUGCUAGCAAGCGUGUGCGUUUGCCUGUUGGUGGCGCUGCCUUUGCGGGCUAUGCUCCGCCACAGUUGACUACUAUGGAUACGCUGGUGUACAAUCCCAGCUAUAAUCCGUAUCAGGCGCAAACGUCGCUGCCGCCAUCGGCUUUCUUCAACGGCUGGGCUUCGUAUGUGGCGCCAACAGCUGCUCAGCCAGUUAGCACGCCUUAUGUGCAGCCGCCGUAUGCAGCACAUGCUAAUGGCUGGCCCUAUGUAAAGCCGCCUUAUAUACUGCCGGAUUGGGCACGAAAUGCUGCUGCAGGCAGCAACAACUUGUGGCCACCCAAGUCGGGCAGAAAGCUUAAUCAGAGUCCAGUGCUGAGCACUGAGCGUCCCAAGAACGACUACAAGUCGGUGCAGGCUGAGGAGCAGGCUGCUGCUGUAGCUAGCGAUGGCAUUAAUCUGGAGUCGGAUGCGCUGGCUAUUGAAAAGAAAUGGCUGGCCAAGGACUACAAGAUCUUUAAGCCAUCUGGCAAAUACAAUUUCAAUCCUACACAGAACAAUCACAACAAAGAAAAUGCACUCACACCUGCCUAUGGCAUUUAAUACACAACACACUGUGCUACUAACUAAUUAAUACUUACACACAUUGUCUUUGGCAACGAAAGCUGUUCCAAUUCAUAAAUAAAAUAAAAGCACUUAAAAUGUUAAACUCCU